CUAUUGGACACCAUUGGGAUUCUGGAUGCGCUGUUGUGAGUGAAAAAAACUUGUUUACCAGUUAGUUAUAUGGCCUAAAUUUACGUUAUACCUUUCCCCCGAUGAUUUAACAACGGAAUAUCCAAACGUAAGUGUCUGUGAUGUCAACAUGGAGAGAGAUGACGAUCAAGAAAAGGGAGAGAUGGAGAUAAAGAGUUGUGAGAUUCCAUCCUCUGACUGCACGCUGUCAACUGUUCCUGGGCCUGCUGGGCCAGUGGGAGGAGACAACAACACCAAUGUGACUUUAGAGGAGCCUAAGAAUCCACCUCCAUCAGAUACUAUGGGCGAGGAGGAGACCCUGGAACUAGAAGCGGCCCCUGACCAGGAACUAGACCUGGCCCCUGUCCAGGUAAAAGAGGAAGAGACUGAUGAGUGCAGUACGACGGAAUUUCAGAACAGUUCAGGUAGUCAACCAGAGACUGUGCCAGAAGAGGCUUCAGCUUCAGCUGAGAAUGGGCAGGAUGACUCAGGGGAGUUUGUGGUCACUAUGUUGGCCAGAGGUAAACUGGAGGAACAAGGUGUGGGAGUGAAGGGGAAGUCCUCUCCACUGUCAGAGACUGGCACCCCAGAGGCCCCCCCAUCCCACCGUGAGGAAGACGUGACAGCUGAGAGCUGGAGGCAGCACAGGAAGCAUGUGUUUGUCCUGAGUGAAGCAGGGAAACCCAUCUACUCCCGCUAUGGCAGUGAAGAGGCCCUGUCGUCCACCAUGGGAGUCAUGAUGGCACUGGUGUCCUUUGUCCAGAGUAGUGACAACAUGAUCCGCUCUGUCUACUCAGAUGGGCACACGGUGGUGUUCAUGCAGAAGGGUCCUCUGGUGCUGGUGUCUGUGUCGAGCAGCCGUCAGUCAGAGCAGCAGCUGCGUGGUGAGCUACUCUACGUCUACUACCAGAUCAUCAGCAUGCUCACCCAGGCCAGCAUCGCACGCAUAUUCGAACACAAGAAGAACUAUGACCUGCGGCGACUGCUGGCCGGCUCCGAGAAGAUCCUGGACGGCCUCCUCAACCUGGUGGACACAGACCCCAGCUUCCUGCUGGGAGCGGUGCACUGCCUGCCCCUUACUUCCUCUCUCAGGGACUCCCUCAGCCAGAUCCUACAGAAGGCCAUCACCCCCAACCUGGUCUUCUCCAUCCUCAUCGCCAAGAACCAGCUGCUCACCAUCGUCCAGGAGAAGACUGUGAUUGAGGACGCCAGGCUGGAGCCUGCUGACGUCCACCUGCUACUCAACCUCAUUGGGGCCUCCUCUGCCUUCCAGGCCGGAGAGAUCUGGACUCCCAUCUGCCUGCCUCUCUUUAACCCUGACUGUUACUUCUAUGCCUACAUCUCCUACCUGGACCCUCCAGAAUGCACUGUGUGUCUGCUGCUGCUCUCCACGGAUAAGGAGGCCUUUUAUGCGGUGGCAGAGUGUAAGAGGAGGAUAGAGGAGGCCAUGCUGGCUCAGAGCUCCCUGAGCCUCAUAGCCAAGGCCCACUCCUACAGCGUGAGCCAGGUGGGUGUCUCAGACCUCAGGCACUUCAUGUACAAGCCCUUUGAUGUCCCAGACAACCACAAGCAGCUCACCCAGUUCACCAGCCCAGAAAUGGAGGCUCCCUACAGCACCGAGGAGGAGAGGAUGAGGCUACUGGACCUGUACCGCUACAUGCACGGUCGCAUCCACAGCUCCUCCCGGCCCCUCAAGCUCAUCUACCACGUAGCAGAGAGGGAAACCCUGCUGGCCUGGGUCACAAGUAAAUUUGAGUUGUACACUUGCUUCAGCCCCCUGGUGACUAAGGCCCGUGCCAUUAACGCCAUAACCAAGCUUCUACGUUGGAUCAAGAAGGAGGAGGACCGUCUCUUUAUCCGAUACCCACCCAAGUAUUCAACCACCCCCAACCCCAGCAAAAGCUCCCGCAAGUCUAACCAGCAGGACUCCACAGAUAAUGGCUUCAUGUCUCUCCUAUAGAGCUGCUCUAGCCCUGGCUAUUCCACUCUGUCAACAUAGUUUAUACACUGGUUCUACUAGAAGAGGUGUUUGGCACUGGCCACAUCCUACAUCUUUUUGGACUUCAUUGAACUUUGACCACUGGACCAUUGAAGGAUGACUUGCCUUCUUGAAACUUUGACUCUAGUAUUACUUCUGUACCUUUAUAAGAAAGCAUGUACAGUAAUUGCGUUAGUGCUUUUAGAUUACAGUUGAACAAGUUGGUCUGGAAAACUGUAAGGAGAAAGCAAACAUUUUAAAAUUGGCUAGUGGUGGAAUUUUCAAUGAUAUCGAAUUGUUUUUAUAUUGUUUUAUUCUAUUGUAACAAAGGUGAGCGCUCUUCUUGAAGGCAUCAUAUCAGACUCGUUACAUACAACUAUUGCAAUUCAAGCUUUCAUGGGCAUUGACACUGUAGCACAUGACAAAAAUGAAUGGAAGGAUUACCUAGAACUACUCCUGAAUAUAUUUUCAACUGCCUUGCCACCAUACGUAUUGCUAGAAACCUUAGAUGUUGACAGGCUGGCAAAUAGGAAAUUAAUAAAAAAAAGUUUGGUUAUUGGUGGGAUAAACAGAAAAUUAAAAUGUAUCAAUGUCUGAUUUUGAAAUCGCAUCCUCUAGAAUAGGAAGGGUUACCAAUUGUAUGGAUAGUCCAUGACAUGACCUCUACGUGUGAAUUGUUCUCAGUUGAUACAAUUGCUCAACAAUUGUUUUACUGGCAUGUUAUCUUUGCAGUUUAGAUUGUAAAUAGUGUCAGUGUUCAUACUAAGUUGUUUAAUUAUGCUCUGGUAAUAUAAACACAGUUACAUUUUCUAUCCUUCGUAAAAAAAUCUGUAUUGCUGGGAGCCACAUUUUCCCCUAGUACCGGUAAUCCUCAAAUAAUGAAUAUUAAAGUACCUGAUGGUUAAAUGCUUUGUCCAGCCCACAGAGAUCCUACAUUAAGAGUUCUAAUUUGUGGAGUUGUUUAAAGUCACCUGCUGCAAAUUCUCCCAGCGGAUACCGGGAUCUACUAUGAUGGACUGAUGUGUGAUUUCAUGAGUGGUGGCGGUUCAGUCUUACCUGAUUUGACUGUUAGGAAUAUUUUAUCCAGAGUGUUAAUGUUCAUUGAGUUCCUAAAUAAAUCACAGGUUGCACAAACCA